AUGGACGUGAAGAAUAUGAGAAAUGAAUUCAUUCUCGAGGAAGAAAUCAAUGUUUUUGAUGAAUACAAAUCGUACAUAAGUGAUAGUAACAACAACCCUACAGACGAAAAAAAAGUGUCAAGUCACUCAAGUAAAAAUUGCAAUGAAGAGGAGGAAGAAGAGGACGACGAUAACAAGCACAAGAAGGAGAAAAGAAAUUCACGAUCUGUACAGGAUGGCCAGCAGGGAAGGAAGUCAAGCCCAACUGGCCAGCCAAAAAGGAGCGAUCAGGAAAAUGUUACCAAUGGGAACGGUGCUGAAGGUGCCGAAGCUGCCACCCACACCAAUGACGAUGAUAGUAGUUUAAAGGCCCGCGAAAGGAGAACUCCAUCGGGGAAGUGCCCAUCAGAAAACGCAGAAAAUAAAACCGUGUCAGUGAAGGACAAAAUGAGAGAAGACCCAUGUUAUGUCCCCAAGGAAGCAAGGUAUUUCCUACACGAUAACAGAUUCGAAAAUAAUGAUAAUAAGGGUAAGAAAAAAGCCAGUGAAAAAAAAAACACAGGAAACAAUAAAAUGACUUAUAUAGAUGAAAAAAGGUGGAAACAUGAUCUCUUUUAUGAUUAUAAAUACGAUGAAUAUUAUGGGAAGGAAAGAAAUCAGUACAAAAAGUACAGCAAUGGUGUGUACACCAAUGGUAUGUACACCAAUGGCACAUACACCAAUGGCACUUACACCAAUGGCACUUACACCAAUGGCACGUACACCAAUGGCACAUACACCAAUGGCACAUACACCAAUGGCAUGUACAGCAAUGGUAUGUACAGUAAUAGGUAUUAUGGAGCCAAAAACAAUAAACAUGAAAAAAAUAGCUACUCUUUAUCCUAUAAAAAUAAUAGCAAGGAUAAUUACUACUAUGAUAAUAGCAGAGGGAAAAACUCCAAACUUUUUAACUACAGUAAUAAGUAUUAUGGUGAAGCUACCAAAGGACGAAUGCCCAUUAUGAAACGGGACAACAAAACAAACACCCUCUAUGAGAAGAAACACUCAGAUUUGUGUGCUGAUAAAGUCAAGGUGGGGAAGUUCAUCGAACAGGAAGAUUUAAGGAGGGGUGAAGGAGAUGCAGGGGGAGAAGGUGGCCGUGGUGCAGAUCGUGGGCGUGGUGCAGAUCAUGGCCGUGGUGCAGAUCGUGACCGUGCCCCCUCCAUUUUGGAGGCACAGCCAGAUGAGGAACCCUCCCUCGCAGGAGACGCUUAUGGGCACCUGAACAAUUCGGAAAAGAAAACGAAGAAACAGACGUUGCUCAAGAGAUGUGAAAAUGAAAAGGGCGAAGUGAGUUCCAGUGAAAAUACCAAGCCAGUUGGUGAUGAGGCUGACGGAGUGACCCAAGUCGCUGAUUUGCUUGCCCCGGAUGGAGCACCUGCAACGAAUGAUGCGGGUGAACGCGGCCAAGCAUUGGCAAAGGGCACCAUGGAAGGACACCGAAAAUGUCAACAGGAUGAAAUGAAGGCCGAGAAGGAAGGGAACAAAGCUGCACACGGGAGUGCUGAGAUGAGGGAAGACAAAAGAGAGGAUGUUCUCAUCGCCAAAAAGGGUGAAGAAGAGGCACCGCCAAGCCAAACCCAAAGCAACCCCUCGAGCAUAAAAAGAACAGACGGGAAGGAAAAAAAAGAAUUCACAAAAGCAACUCAAAACAGCACCGAAGGAAAGAAGUACGUAGCUCCCUACAAAUCCAAGAUGAGUUACAGCAACGGUGAUAACACUCAAAUAAUGAACGACCGAAACGCCUCCAGCAAAUACCAAGGAGCGCGAUUCGUCUAUUUGAGAGACGAAAACUAUGCUUCCCAAUCGAGUUUAAAAAAGAAAUACAAUAGUAAAAGGAACUACAUCUAUGAAGACAAUUACAACAAUGCGAGUUCCUACGCACAUGCAAAUAGUGGCAACACAGAAUACGCAAGGAAGACGUAUGCGACGAAAAACAAGUAUGCGGGAACCUCCUCAGGUGCGAAUCUCCCCUCGAACGUCGUCUCUAGUGGGAACAAUAAAUACCUUAACAACAACUACAGAAACAGUAAUAACCACACCGGAAUUGGCAAUUACAGCAUAAACCACCACCACGCAUCUAAUGACAGUGAGAAAAACGGUCCAGACAAACCACACAAGGACGAGCACACCCAUGAUAAGAAUUACAUCUAUGGUAGAGGUUUCCUCAGGGAAAACAAAACCCCAACAGAAACGGAGAAAAACGAAUACAAGUAUAGGUUUUCCAGGAAGUAUAUAAACAGUAUCAGCAACAACACAGUCGAAUUGAAGAAAAAUAGCGAAACGAAAAGCGGCACAAAGAGCGAAAGAAAGAACCAAACGGGUGCACAAUAUUAUGGCGAGGAAGAAACUACGAAGAAGAAGAAAGAGAAAUAUGUCAGUAAGGAAAACGCUGCAGAUAAAUCAGCCAGCCAUGUCCCCCCAGGAAGAGGAGCCACUGAUGAGAAGGACGCUGACGCCAAAUACGGAAGCAGCAAUGAUGAACGUGCGAAGGAAAACGAUACAGGAAGAGGAAGUUAUAAAAAGAAAAAAAAAGGGAGCAGUAUGAGAACCUAUGACCCUACAGAUAGUUACAGAGAAAAAGAAAAACAGGGAAACACCCAUGACACAUUCUAUUAUGAAAAUGAAAAAAACGAAAGAAAGUGGGAUGAUGAUAAUAAUAGGUAUUACAAAGAGAGUAAGAAAGAGAGGGAGAAAUAUGUGCCAAAUGGGAAGAAUGUCAAACAGGGGAAAUACGCAAGUGAUACGAAGUAUGGAAAGAGCUACGUUAGUAAGGGAAUGGACAAGAGAAGCCGAGCUAAGGACGGCAGUAACGAUGUGAGGGAGGUGGUGGACCAUGCCAAAUCGAACUUCAUCAGUGCGAGGGAUGUUGCAAAUCCGAGAAGUGACCGUAGCACCGCUCGUGAGGAUACGCAGAUGCUGGCUACCGAACACACGGGCAGAAUCAGGGCCACCAGGGGGAAGGAACAAAACAACAGUGGAAAGGUCCAGGAUCAUAGAAGGGGUGAUAAAGAUGGUAAGGACGACGAAAAUAAGGAUGGUCACCUGAAUGGCGACGUGCAUGGCGAGGACAAAAAUAAGGUCGUCCACGAUGGUGACGAAGCAAACUUCCCCGAGAGGGAUACUUGCCAACCGAACCACGCGGAACCCAGUCACAAGUGCGACACGAUGGAGCAGAACACUCCGAACCAUGAGAAGGACGAAAACAAGACUGAGUCCAGCACAGACGGAAAGGUAAACUUAACAGCCGCUUCAUCCCCUCAUAAGAGCAAAAAGGCGAAUAACAAUUUUAUGCCUUAUGGAAAUCCAUUCCCCCAAAAAAAAAAUAGGAAUCAACAAGAUUAUGACACGAAUAACGAAUACACUAGCAACAAUGUGAACAAGAAGAACGACUCGAACAAUGCAUUCACGAAGCAAUACACUCAGAAGGGGACGUAUACAAAUAUGAAAAGGAAAAAAAAAGAAGAUUUUGUUAAUAACGCAACUCAACAUAGAGGAGUGACUUUAACAGGAGGGGGAAAUGAAUUCUCCAAUGGAAAAGCCUUUAAUUAUAAAAAGUGCCAUGAGGAGCAUAGCAGUACCAAUAUGGGUAGCAACACGCACGUAUCGUCUGGAGACAGCAUGAAGAAUGCCACAGGCUCGAAUGAAGCGAACAAGAUGUUUCAGCCAAAUGAGAAGCGCUACGAUGGAUAUACAAAUGGGGAGAGACCCUAUGAUGGUAAUUUUCUAAAUCAUGGCAAUCCACGGUACAGGGGCGCCUACGGCUACAACGGUAGCUGUGUGACAAACGGUGCAACAAAUGGUGCAACAAACGGUGUGGCAGACGGUGCGGAAAACGAUAUGGCAAGCCGCAAUGGUAACUCCAAUGCUAAUUGCAGCGGGAGCGGGAACUUCUACUACCCGGAAGGCUUCUACCCACCCCGUGGCGCCAACUAUAUGGGAGACAACCCCGCCUUCUUUGGCAACAACCGCUACAUGAAUCACCCCGUGAACGACCACUACAUGGGGAGCAGCUACGUGGCCAACGGAUAUAUGACCAACCAGAAUUAUCUCAGCGACCCAAACUAUAUGGCUAACCAGAACUACAUGAAUGACCCCAACUAUAUUAACGAUCCAAACUACGUGCGAAACAGGAACUGCCUAGCCACCCAGAAUUGCCAAAACUAUGUGAAUGACCCCAACUAUGUGAAUGACCCCAACUAUGUGAACGACCCGAAUUACCUCAGCAACCCUAACUACGUCUGCAACCCCAAUUACCUUAACAACCCCAACGGAAUGAACAAUAACCCUAAUUAUGUAAACAACCCUAACUAUAUGAACAGCCCAAACUAUAUGAACAGCCCCAACUACAUGAAUGACGGAUACGUCCAUGAUGUGUACAAUCAUAACACCUAUAUGAAUGGGGGAAGCACCUAUUACUAUGACCCCAUGUAUGGGAACAACUACCCCAGCGAAAAUGACCAACACUACUACAACGAAGGGAAUAAGUACAUUAAACAGUAG